AAACACAUGGGGCACAAAAUUUGUUAACACAAAACACAAAAGUUGAGUGAGAAAAAUUCAUUGAGAUAUUUACAAAUUUUUCUGUAAAUUCGAGAUUAAUCUAAAUUUAAUGUGAGUAGUCCGAGACAAAAUGAGCAAUAGAAGAUCUUUUUCAAACGAAAACCGUCUGCCGAAAUGGUACGUGAAGGCGGCGAAAAUGCUACAAGCCGUGAAAGAAAAGAAGGAGAGCUUGAACAACCUGAUCUUUUCGCAAGACAAUACCCACGUUCAAAUCAAAAGCAUUUACGGACUGGUGACCAAAGCUUUGCAGCAUUCCGAGGAGCUCGACAAAAUGCUAAAAAUCUUGAAAGAUAAAUCCGACGAGACCUCGCACUUUGAGGAGUUCAAAGCGAGAAUUCUGCUGACGGAACUGUUUUGGGGCAAACUUCGGCUGCCUGAUGUUCCUGGAAAUAACAACGUCAAGGUUAUUCUGGCAAACCAGGAUCGCCUCUCAUCCAUUCCCAUCAAUGACGAUUCCAACUUCAAAUCAGCCAUGCCUCGUUAUGUGAGAAUCAACACGCUCUUCACGACCAAAGAAUAUGUCUUGGAGCACCUUGCCCAGGAUUCAUGGGAAAUCGUCGAGACCCCUAUCACGUAUAACAGGUUCCUCAAGCGGUGUGCCAAAUUAUCGGAGCCGAAUUUCAUGGUCGACUUUCACUAUGACGAUUUGCUGGUUUUCCCUGCAAAGACGCCCAUCUACAGGCACUGUCUGUAUCAAAGUGGGGUCUUCAUCCUGCAAGCCAAAUCGAGUUGCAUCCCUGUGAAAAUUCUGGAUCCUAAGCCUGGUGAUGUGGUGAUGGACAUGUGUGCAGCUCCUGGAAUGAAAACUACACAAAUUGCAGCUCAUUUAGAAAACAAGGGUGUUGUCCAUGCCGUUGAAGUUAAUGAAAAACGUUUCAACCUGCUCGAAAAAAUCCUUCAUGACCAUGGAGUCACAUGCGCUAAAACGCACAACUCGGACCUUCUUUCCCUCAAACCGGAAGACUUUCCCGAUGUGACUCACAUUCUUCUUGAUCCGAGCUGCUCAAAUUCUGGCAUGGACCGAGCUGACGUGGAGGCAAAAUCGGAGGAGCAAAUCCGACAAUUGUCCUCCUUUCAAACCAAGUCGUUGUUCCACGCUCUGUCUUUUCCAAAUGUAAAGCGAAUUGUCUACUCGACCUGUUCCAUUCAUUCAUUGGAAAACGAGGCAGUGAUCGAAUGCGUCAUGAAAGUGAACAAUGACAAGUUUCGUGUUUUGGAAGACUUGCCCAUGAGUGAGGAUUUUUCAAGGGGCUCGGACGAGUUUGAGUUUGGCAAGCACGGUGUCUAUUUCCACAGUCAAAAGCAUCAAACCACUGGAUUUUUCUUCUGCGCGAUUGAGAGAAAAUAGAUUUUUUGACAUUUUAUACAAAUAAUAAUAUUUUGUAAUAACUUCCCAUUAUAAUGAGAUGCUUGAAUGUUGAAUUCCUCAGUUUAAAGUUACAAUAUCAAAUAUCAAGCUCAGAAAACCAUAAUAAAUUUUUAAGAUACUUUU